AUGAAGGAGGAGAGUGUCAUGGGAAGUGGGACUUGUGAAUUUGAGCAGGUUCAUCCUAAGUUCCACUAUAAACAGGCUCAUGACCCAGGCACAGAUACUUCUUGUGUGACUUUUUCCUAUGAUGGUAAUGUCCUUGCCUCUCGUGGAGGUGAUGAUUCAUUAAAAUUAUGGGACAUUCGACAAUUUAAUAAGCCACUUUUUUCAGCCUCGAGUCUUCCUACCAUGUUCCCAAUGACCGACUGCUGUUUCAGUCCAGAUGAUAAACUCAUAGUCACUGGUACAUCUGUUCAAAGGGGAUGUGGCAGUGGCAAACUUGUUUUCUUUGAGCGGAGGACUUUCCAAAGGGUAUAUGAGAUAGACAUCACAGAUGCGAGUGUUGUCCGUUGCCUGUGGCAUCCAAAGCUGAACCAGAUCAUGGUUGGAACUGGAAAUGGAUUGGCUAAAGUCUAUUAUGACCCCAACAAGAGUCAGAGGGGAGCAAAAUUGUGUGUGGUUAAAACGCAGCGGAAGGCAAAACAAGCUGAGACUCUAACCCAGGACUACAUCAUCACCCCUCAUGCCUUGCCUAUGUUCCGCGAGCCCCGCCAACGGAGUACAAGGAAACAGCUGGAGAAGGACAGACUGGAUCCCCUGAAGUCACACAAACCGGAACCUCCUGUAGCAGGCCCAGGUCGUGGUGGUCGAGUUGGAACCCAUGGGGGCACUCUGUCAUCCUACAUCGUGAAAAACAUUGCUUUGGACAAGACCGAUGACAGUAAUCCCCGGGAAGCCAUUUUGCGUCAUGCCAAAGCAGCAGAAGACAACCCAUACUGGGUUUCUCCGGCAUAUUCCAAGACUCAGCCCAAAACCAUGUUUGCCCCAGUUGAAUCUGAUGAUGAGGAAGCAAAGAAUGAACCAGAAUGGAAAAAACGUAAAAUUUGAAAAAUCUAAUUGGAGAGCUGUUUGCAUGAGGUGGAGAGAUUUGGGCGGUUGUUGUUUUUUUUUAAUGCUCAUGAAAUAAAAAAAAUACAUUUUUAUGAACAA